CCCCGGAUGCCAGCGAAAGGAUUUAUAGAUGGUGAUUGGACUACUGACUGGAAAGAAGGGUGGGGGCUGGACAGAGUCAAGGAAAAAGCUGCCAUGGCAACACCAGCGCUAGAGGCUUGAAGAAGGAGCUGAGCUCAAAGAGGUAUGAUUUUUCUUAUGCAAAGUAUUCAGUUAUUUCAUGAUGGCAUUUGCACCUCCAAAAAGCAUAGAUUGUGCCAAAAUGCAGACAAAGAUGAGUACCUGGACACCCCUAAACCAUCAGCUUUUGAAUGACCGGGUAUUUGAAGAAAGAAGAGCUUUGCUUGGAAAAUGGUUUGACAAAUGGACAGACUCUCAACGGAGAAGAAUCUUGACAGGCCUGUUAGAACGUUGCUCCCUGUCACAGCAAAAGUUCUACUGUCGAAAACUUCAGGAAAAAAUUCCAGCAGAAGCUCUGGAUUUUACUACCAAGCUUCCAAGGGUGUUAUCUUUAUACAUCUUUUCUUUUCUGGACCCCCGAAGCCUUUGUCGUUGUGCACAGGUGAGCUGGCAUUGGAAGAACUUAACUGAGCUGGAUCAACUCUGGAUGCUCAAGUGUUUACGAUUUAACUGGUACAUCAGUUUCUCUCCAACUCCCUUUGAGCAGGGUAUAUGGAAGAAGCACUACAUUCAGAUGGUAAAAGAACUUCAUGUUACCAAGCCUAAGACACCUCCAAAAGAUGGGUUUGCAAUUGCUGAUGUUCAACCAGUUACAAGCAGUUCUCCAGAGGAAAAGCAGUCUGCAGCAUCAGCCUUCCGGUCCUCUUCCUCUUUGAGAAAGAAGACUCCUGGGGACAAAGAACUGCCACCCUGGCGGUCCUCUGACAAACAUCCAACUGAUAUCAUUCGCUUCAAUUAUCUGGACAACUGUGACCCCAUCGCGCAGAUCUGGCAAGGAAGGAGGAAAAGACAUGAAAGGAACCCAGAUUUCAGCCAACAGUCACAUGAUAAGAAAAAUAAAUUGCAGGACAGAUCUAAGCUAAGAAAAGCACAGUCACUGGUCACCGCCUGAGGCUGCGGGAGAGCGAGCACUGAUGGUGAAAGCGGCAGAGAGGGGCAUUGGCAGGAGGCUCCAGCCUACGGAAUAAGCUUCUCUUUCUCGCUUGUACUUUUGCUUCCCCUCAGGUUUAUCUUUCUUUGUCUUUUCUCUCUCUCAUAGUUUCUACUAUGUGAAAUGUGGUUGCAUCCAUAGCAGCUGAAAUGUGAGCUACCGAUGUUUUUUCCUGCAUGGUCUCUGUAUGUCUGUGCCUGCACAUACGUUCAUGCAUUCCCUCCUCAUUGACGUUGGGUCUUUUAUUCCCCACUCAGACUGAACCGUGCCUGUGUGUUGAACUCAACACUGUGAAUUCUCUGCUGCAUGCACUCCGCUGCUUACUAAUUACAAUAUUGGUUGUUGUUAAUUUUUGACGCCUACGAGAAAAAAGGGCCCAAUUGCUAAGAAUCCUGAGGGCAAAAUUAACUCAAGAAGAACCACUAGAGUCUUUGAAUUUAUCCUUUGCCUCUAAAAGAGCAUAGUUUUCUUCUUCUGUCUUGUUACCUCCUUUAUGAUGCUUCGCAUAAUAAAUUACCCUGGCAUUUCCAACCGUA